GUCGGUCACUGCGGAAGAAGGAUCCGAAAAGUUUGCCAUUGGCGGCUGCAGCACACACGCCGUUUUGUCGCCGCGUAGCCCUGCCUUGCGUGUUCAAUCCUUCCCCGUUACACAAGUCCCACUUAACAGUCAAAAUGGAGCAUUCAGAGCUGCCAAACGUUUAUGUUGGAGGACUCAACUUUGAAACAACUAGAGAGACACUGGAGAAUCACUUCUCCCAGUUUGGCAAGGUGAAGUCAGCCGUGAUCAUCACAGACCAAAUCACGGGCAAGAGUCGGGGGUAUGGCUUCGUCAACUACUUCACUGUUGCGGAUAGAAACAGCGCGUUACAGGUGCCGACGCAUGAGCUCGAUGGCCGCACGUUGACGUGCUCUGUGGCCAAGGAGAGCAACAAGACCCGAGGGGGUGGCUUUGGGGGAAGCUUUGGCAUGGGAGGGGGCAUGGGAGGGGGCAUGGGAGGGGGCAUGGGCGGAGGCAUGGGCGGGGGCAUGAGCGGAGGCAUGGGUGGGGGCAUGGGUGGGUUCGGAGGGGGCUCGUCCUUCAACAAAGCUGACGAUGACAGGAAAGUGUUCAUUGGUGGCUUGCAUACCGACACGGAGCCCGAGGACAUUGAGAGUGCGCUAUUGCAGUUUGGAAAGGUCAUCAACACGAACAUUAAGAAGGACAGAGAGACCCAUCGCUCACGAGGUUUUGCCUUUGUGACAUUUGACAAUCCGCAAAGUGCCAAGAAGGCGAUGGAUGCCCAUUACGUUGAGAUCCAUGAAAAGCAGGUUGAAGUCAAGUCUGUCAACCCCAAUGCUAGCAGCCAGUCUCAGAGUUUUGGCAGUUACAACAACGGAAACAUGUACGGCCAAGGCGGUGGAUACAACAACAUGCAGGCGUACGGCUACAACCAAGGCUACGACAGUGGCUCCUCCAACUGGCAGAACCCAGCCAGCGCCUGGCAAGGCGGCGGCGAUUCCUCCUGGAACAGCUCGGGAUACGGCGCCAGUGGCUAUGGAGGCACGGGCACCAGUGGCUACGGAGGCAGCACCAGCGGCAGUGGCUACGGCACCACGAGCGGCUACGGCAGCCAGCAGGUGCAGGGGCAGAGCGGCAGUUACAGCGGGCAAAGCGGGGGGUACGGGAACUACAGCGGCCAGUCUAACGUGGGACAAAGCGAAGGUGCAAGCUGGUAUUAAGAGUCGAUACCCUCUGAAAACAAGGUAUUCGACCGAAAAAAAAAGCAAGUCAAGGAAAGGCAGGUUUUGAGGAUAUUGUAACGGCGUACACCUGCCAGGGAAUUACAAAUUGUGGGAUAUAGGGUGAAGAUGUGAUUCGGGAAUUGAAGAUUUGUGUAUAUUCACCCAGUAGUUAAGGGAACCGGGGUUUUUAAAAAAAAAAAAAAAUGGGGAAAAUUGUAGACGUAGCGUGGUAGUACAAAAACUUCUUUAGAAUGUAGUGAGUGAGACUGUUUAUUAUUGGCCGUUUGGUGGAACAGUCUGGUGACAGUUUGUGGCGCGUUUUAUAUGUGGAGAUUAGUGCAGGGACAAGUCCAGUCGCCUUUCGGAGUUUCCGUUAGACGGUUGAGCUGAGGUGGUUUUUGAAAUAACUGUCGUCAGAGUGUUCCACCGCAUGUAUAAAAGUUUCAUGAUUGUGCUCUGUGCAGGAACCACCGCAACGUCUUGGGCACUAAAAUCCUUUCAUAGAUACGGUAAUUAAAGGUUGACCUUUUCUUACUAAAACCAAACAAAUAAAAAUUAAACAAAGUGAGUGGUUAAGGUUAUCUUAAAGGCAAAAGGGGGGCGGAUUGUACUGAAGAAAUUAUUUCCUUGAAUUUUUUCGGGAAUGUCACGUGUUUCCCAGCAAACCAUGCAUACAUUUGAAUCAUAAAAUGAUACAGGGACUACUGUUCCCAAAGUUAUUUCUGGCGUCGUUUCGUCUUUUUUUUUCUCGUCUGGAUUUCCCUGGAUUGUCGUCGUGGUGGUUCCUGCCCAAUCUUUCGCCAAUUUCUAACCUUUUUGUUGUUGAUAAUCAUCUUUGUCUUCGUCUACGUUUUCUUUAGAGAAUGUUUAAUGAAAUUUCUGUGUUGAUUUCCCGUUGAGUUGUCUGUUGUUCCUCUCUGUUUGUUUUCACGAUAAAAGAAAAAGACUAAAACACUAUGAAGCACCAGUUACAUUGGAGUGGAGUUCCAAUCUAAAAAAUGCAAUCACAUUUGAUUCUUGUUUCCAUGGUAGUCCCUGAUGAUUUUUCACGGUGCUCAUCUGCACUUUACUAAAGAGCAUUAUUAGGAAAAAUUAACUUGGUCGGGAUAUUUUCCUUUUUAUUUGGAUGUGUAAUUCUAAUUUCUGUCUGUUAUUUUGGAAAAGGCAUUCUAGAAAUCAAGUGUAGUGGCAUGGGUAAAAGUGUUGUGGAUAUAUUAACAUGAAUUAACAGUAACACUCCGGAUCUUUCAAAAUCCACGUUUUGUAGGAUUUCGUAGGAUUGAGGAAGCAAGGGCAAAGCCACAAUAAGUGUGGCUAUAAAGCCAAUACAAAUGGUGGAUUUUGUAGGAUCCAGGAAGAUUACUAGCGAAAAUUAAGGCGUAGGGGUAAAUAAUUUUUAUUUUUUUUCGAAUUUUAUGUGUUUGUGGGUUUUAUUUUCAUUCCCUAAAGUUUAACAACGCAAUAUUGUAUUUGUUGUGAUUCAUUGGGUUAAUUUUUUCCAGUUUUAAGAAACGUGCAUACUUGACGUUGUUGCUCUUUCAGAGAGGGUCAAACAUUGAGGAAUACAUUAACUGGUAUUUCGCCGGCAGCAUUGAAUUUUCACUCCAGUUUUAAAAAUUUAAUUCAAAGUAACCGAAAAAAAUAUAAAGGAAAAAAAAAGAGAAAGAAGCAUUCGAAGAAAGAGCACACUUGUAAAUAAUGAAUUAAUUUUGAUUUUUCCCUUAGCGAUUUGGUAGGUAUCUACCCUUAUAGUAAAAUCUGUUUUCAUUUAUUUUUGUUAAUUCCUGUUAUAGUUUUCAAUCGCCUAAAACAAUUAUUCAAUGGAAUAGGGAACUAUAAAAAAUUAAAAACCACAUUAAAAGACACAUUAUUUUUUAUCACUUAAAAAAUGCCACUUUCAUUAGCAUGUACAGGUACAUUUUAAAAAUUAAAAAGUUAAGGCAUCUAGUGGAUUAUUUCGUAUAGAGAAAGUGCCUGAUUUCAAGUAAACUCGUUUUUUCCAAUCUCAAAUGCACUUGUACAUUAAUUAAUGCUUUCAUUCAGUAAAGAGAGAGAUUCCUAUUUUGUUACUUCGUGAAAUCCAGUCCGCGUUAAAGGAGACAAUUUUAGUAAUAAUAAUUUACCACGUACUAGAGGAUAUUUUUCAGAAAUGGAUAUAUGCAAAAAUGGGAUGACGGUAGCACACGCCAAUGUUUUGUGGAAAACUAGCGAUGUUAUACUAUCGGUUAAUAUCAUAUCUCGCUUACUACUACAUGAAUGACUUUUUGGUGUGCUAGUAUCGUCAUUCAUCAAGUUUGAAUCCUAGAAUGUGUUUGGUUUCUCAAUCAAAUGGUUGAAUUUCACCGGUACAUUUUUGUGGGUGUAUGAUAAUUCUAUAUUCAAUAACUUGUGCUUAGUAUCCUGGUAGCUCGCGUGUACACUCGCGCACAUUUACUGAAGGUAGGGUAAACCGUGCGAUUGUUUUUACAACUUCUGUGCGUUAGAAAUCUUUUAGGUACGUUUUCGUGUUGCUUUUAGUUUUUCAUUUGAAUGUCAUUUACAGUUCUUUCCAAUAACAUGUAUGUUGAUAAAUUUCCUUUUUGAGUAGAAACGCACUCGUGUACGGUGGGUGGUGAUAAGACCGAGCCAUCGAUUUGCCUGUGGGUUUCAAAAUACAUGUACCGGUGGUCUAUACACGCGAAAGGAUAUUUGACGUUACGAGUUGUUUGCUGAAACGUUCGCGAAUUCGCAUCGCAGAUACUUGCUCUGACAUCACCAAGUCGCGUUCCCAUUCGCUUGUGCGUGCCUGUGCUAAGAAUGGGAGACUUUCUGAGACAAUUGGUGGCAGCAAACACACCGGCCCUUUUCUAUUUACGUCGUGUUUAAGCUAAUGUGCGCGCGUUCAAAAAUGACGCCAACAAUAGCAAAAAGUCUCCCUUAGGCCUUGACAGUUAACAAAUAGGAGGGAAAAGUUGGAUAUUUUUUUUUUGGCGACCUCAAAUUUCAGACCCAUAUCUUUUUGAAACCCACAUGUAAAUAAGAAAUCUAAGUUUACUAAGCAUGUGUGAAACAGAUUUUUAACAAUGGUCUCAGGGCUUUUAAGAAGAUUUCACGGUUAUUUCAAUUGUUUUAUUUGAUAGUUAAGAAUCAUUGUAAACUGUAGCACAAACUAAGGGUUUGAAAGACGUUUAUUAUUAAACUGUAAUGUUCAUCGGUAGCUGAGCUGUAACUGAAAACAACUGGGGAGACGCGAAACAUUCAUGUUACCUUUCUAGCCCAUUACUUGGUGCAGAAUAUGUCCGCUGUUUUGUAUUCAGGUUGAUGCUGGGCUUCAAGUGAGUUUUUUUUCCUAAAUAAAGUUGAACCUUUCUGCCAAAUUGUAUCCAUGCACACUAACUGUGUUGUACAUGUAUGUAAUACACGCCUGCAACAUAACACAAAUCUCAUUUUAUCUAAUAAUACUCGAAAAAAGAAAAAAAAAAGUAAGCGGAAGAUAUGUAUGCAUAGUAUUGCAGUUAUUCAGUCUAAUUUUAAAAACCGUUUCUUUUUCCUGUAGUGUUGGCUUUUUUUUUUAAUGAUGGCAUCAUUGAAGAAUGUGAUUAUGAAUAUUUUAUCAGCUGCAAGUGUUUUUCAUCCAUGCCAAAUGUCGUCGAAUUAAUUGUGGAAUUUUUUUCAGCUGAAUUUUUUUUUUUUUACUGCACAAACUUGAGGGCUCACUUUAGAGUUAAAAUGAAAAAGACUUCAGUAUUGUUUCUGCAGUGAAGCGAUUCGUUCCUUCCAAUUUAUCACAAAAGAAGCCACAAUUUCUUUGGAUUGACGCCAACUAAGGAGUGAAUCCGGUUUAACUUGCGCUUUAUGCCAGCUCCACAUGCACAAGAUGCUCCGCUGAAGCCACUUAAACAGUCCUGAGGUCAUACAAUGUGUAUGUAUUUUCAUUUUUGAGUAACAUUUGGACGCUGUACAAUUUAUAGGCUUACUUAAAAGAACAUUCAGUAUAAUACAACAUUGACUUACAUGUAAUAGUUGCCUUACGCUGUUCGCAUUUAUUUGUAAUUUUGUUUUUUGUUUUGUUUUAAAUAUCCAUUGAAUACUCCUAUUGUAUACAACCGCAGCAGUUACACUGUUAAUUAUACAGAUUUCUUGGCAAGACUUUGUAUUUAUUAUCAAACGGCUUUUCCAUUUGUUAUAUUUUUGAUCCUAAGUACCGUUGUCUCGUUCACUCCAAUUUAAAAAAAAAUUAAAAACAAUUUGUACGUGUGUAUUUGUAUUUAUGGAUUUUGUUUUUAUCAAAAUCCUCAUGUAUACAAUAAUUAAAGCUCAUACAAUGUAAUUGCAACUACCGUUACAGUGUUUCAGAAUCCAUAACGCUUCAUCCGUAACAGAUUUUCCGUUCUCUUGAUGAAAAAAAUGCAGUCCGUGCCUGUUCAUGUAUUACUGGAAGUUUUAAGCUAACCCAUGUUAAGUAGCAUUUACACACAUACUCAUCGUGUCGGAGAAUAUUCUUCUAGGUUUAAGGGUACAGUUUUGAUCAUUUCGCUGUAGGUUAAAACAAAUUUGAAAUGCCAGUUCUCGGGCCAAAGUCUGGGCCUUACUAUGUAGAUUACUCAAAUACAGGUCAAUCGGUGACCCUUGUAUGACCUUUGAACCUUGGGGCUACUUGUUGCAUGCAAAUGGUGUAUGAAGUGGUGCCAGGGUGCGCUCUGUCAAGUUUACAUAUCCAAAUUCUACACAGCAGUGACGGUUGGUUAGUGACAUUUAAUGAAAGAAAGUUUAAUAUUGUUUCCUGGUAAUGUCAUUUUUAUGCAUAUUUUUGUCGAUUUAACGAGUUUACUAAAAUAAAAAACAAGUAUUUGAUAUUACGCGUGAACGUGAUGCGAGAGAUGUGUCGAGAGAUGUGAUUGGGUGCGUAUUUGUGUGUGUUAACGUGUAUCAGAGAAAGCUGCGUGCUUGGUGUGCGAGAAAUUGAGAAACCGGGUCGUAAAGGAAUGGAUUUCAUUAAAACUAACAAGUUUUAUAAGGCUAUAUUUGAAAGCGUAAUGAAAACUAUAACAUGUACAGUGGACCUUACAUCCGCGCCCCCAGUUUACAGUUUUAAUGUUACAUUAAGUAAUGUUUAUUCAAAUGUAUAGCAAUUUAAGAACACGUAUUUUUUUUUUCAAUGAGAAAAGAAGUCUUCCUGAGUAAUUUUGUGAUACCUCGAAGCGAGGGGGGACUUGUUGUCUUGAGUAUUAAAAAGAGGUUUAUUCGCGGCGCGGAUGUGACGUCCAACCAUUUUAUUUUGGUUCACUUAUUAUGAAAGAGAAAAAAAAUGAAAUUUACCAAGUUGCAUAUGAUGUCAAAUUGACAUGAACUGUUGAAUUUUGCCGUUUAUUAUUAGUUUAACAAUAAUGAUUCCUGUUAAUAAUUAACAAAAGAGCAAAAAACUAAUAACCUUUAAAUUUGUCUCUCUUUUUUUUUAAUUCUCAAACUUUUUCAGUUACAAAUGCCAAAAAAAAGAAGAGAACUCACAGCUUUCCUGACUUACAAACAAAAUGGGAUGUAGGGUUUAACAAAAAAAAGAGUUGUUCAUGGUUUAGAGAUGUCCUUUUUUUCUUAGAAUGUCUUAUUUUCUAUAAUGUUCCAUUUAUUAAUGCCUUUAGUGUUUGUUCAAGCUUGUAAUAAAUUGUCACACUUAGGUGAUCUUUCCUUCAUUAUUCUGCA